CGCAGACUACGACGGACAACCAGAUGAGUUAACCUACGGUAUUCCGCGAUCCUGGGAGUCAGAUCCGCCAAAUGUGGGCCUCAUUUCUGUUACCUACUGCUGCGCUCCGGAGUUCGCUGUAGUGCCGGAAAGGCUACGAAUGGCCAAGAGCUACGGCAUGUGGAACGUGCGCGAAGACACCGACGAAGAUAUCGUACUAAAAAAAUCUGUAUUUGUCUAUCACUAUCGUCUUCGUCUAGUAGUACUUACUUGUAUGCACCUCGUCGUUUCCUGGGCUUGUUCUAGUUGUCAUCGAUUUUGAUUUUGACUGCUCACGCACAUUUUUUUUUGUCAUGCUCUCCCGUUUCGUCGAGUAUGCAGUUGCAUGCAACGAGAACUACACUGUGGCUGCAAGGGUCAUCCUUUUUUUCCAAUGACUUACUUUUCAUUGAACUUUUGAAUGUGAAUGACAACUACAACUAACUGCUUACGCUCGUCCUCGACACUCAAUGCGAUCCAUGAUCUUUUCAGAACGAAAUUGAGUGGUGGAUUUCGUUGGAAGAAGUUCCAAGCAACGUUCUCGACAUGGCGCAGUUUUUUCUGCAUCAAUUUUCGGAUUUGGGUUCUGCCUUUCGGUUUCUGGA